AUGGAAGUUAAGUUGAAAGCAGGAAAAUAGAGUUCUAACGUCGUGACGGCGAUGCGUCGGCGAUGCACCGGAAUCCUGAGCGUUCGGGAGGAUCGUCACGCAGUGUCCACGGUGUCGAAGGCUCUUCUUGGACAAAGAUGACGUGGACAAUCUCUAGAUCUUCUCGCGAAGUCUAGAGAUUAAUGAAAUGGGUCAUCGAGUCGUCUUUGGUGGCUGUCACCCGGCGGAGCGAAAAAAUGGCGACUUUGCGGCUCUCUGGUGGCUGUCACCCGACGGAAAGGAGUUGGAUGGAGGUGGGGCGCAUGUCAGAGAGCUUCAUUCUCAGAUCCGCGCAGCAAGAGGAGGCUCUUCGUCGCAUCUGGUACGCUCUCAGAAGGUGGCGACUUGUCUCCCGGUGGAUCGUCUUCUUCCCGACGAUCAAUCGGAGAUGAUUUACUCGAAUCGUUCAACAAUUUUAGUAGCAAUGCUUCGCGAAUCGCAUUGACGAGAUUUUCGCCGAUGAUCCAGUGAUUCUCGUUGCUUAAUCCUUCAUCGACGAUCUGUAGAAAAGUCACGAUAAUCAGAUAAAAAUAUAUGAAUUUUGACUCUGGGAGGAUUCGAACCCGCGCCGAUUGUCCACCCCUUCUAAGGAAGGUGUCACGUGGGUUUAGUCCCACAUCGGUUGUGCACUGAUUUUUCGGGCGAAUAUAUAGUAAUGUUACAUUUCUAAGCAAAGUUCCUUCUCCUGCGUGUACGACCACUCCUUGCCCCACAGCCGGCUGGCCACCGGUGACGUGGAAGGGGAGUGGCACACACGAGCCCCUAUCAGUCCAAGCCACUCGAGCCCCUGCUCGCGGCUACUCCCCGACUGAGUUUCCGACCUGCUUGCGGGCCCGGCUGGCCGGCGGGUCCCCCCAUUUUGCAAUAUUUUAGUUUUAUUUCUUUUUCUUCAUUUAUCUCAAAAGUAAGAUUAUAAAAAUCAUAUAAAUUCAUAUAAAAUCACAUAAUUACCCAAAAAAUCACAUUAAUCAACUGAAAACCACUUUUCACACUUUAACACAAAUAUAAGUCUAUUUAUCACGAGUUAAGGCUAAAACUAUAUUAUUUACUAAUUAUUAACUCAUGAUAAUGAAGACUUAUCACACCCCCAACUUAAAUCAUUGCUAGUCCCUUAGCAAUGGAAUUACGAAAAUAAAAAUUUACAAAUCUCAAACAUCAUAUUUCAAUACAGAAAGAAAAAAAAUACAAUUAGAAAUGAUGCACCUUUAGACACUUUGGAUUCUUAUAUCAAGUAUUUAAGAAUGAUGUCAAGCACUUAAAUGUUUAAACACUCCUUGGAAUAACAAUCUAGACUUCACUUCUUCUAUUCACAUCUUUAUCACUUCUUCACUCAUAGAUAUAUUUAUAAGAUGUUCCAAUUAUCAAUACUCAUCCAAGAAUAAUAUUGAUCCUACAUUUUCCUUUUUCUAUGGCUUGAUUUUUGAAGUUUUCACUAUAUUUCUUCUUUCUUUAUAUAUAGUGGAUAAGUAGCUUUUCCUAUAGAUAAAUUUCGACAAUAAGAAUGGUGUCUCACACCCUCUAUGUGUACUCUUCAUUUUCAGGGCUUUCAGUUUAUCCACUUAUUUUGCAGUAAGUGUUUUUCUAUACACGAUUUUCGACAAUGAGAAUAAUGUCUCACACCCUCCAUGUGUACUCUUCGUUUCUAGAUUUUUCACAUUGCUCUCUCUUUUUUUUUUCGAAAUAAGUGAUUUCUCCUCACAAGUCCUAUAGAUCAGGGUGCAAAAAUCUCCAUUAAACUCAAAUGAUCAAUCAAAUUUUCACAUCAAGUAAAUACUAUCCAUCAAGAUCAUGAAGUGAAAAUCUGUAAAAUCAAAUCCAUGUUAUCUAUCAUGUAUCCAAGGAGUAUUCCAGCAUUUCAUGCUACUAGAUCAUUCUUUUGACUCAAUAAUAAUCUUCCUAGUAUCUUUUGGUAUCAAUCAAUCUAAUUGAUUUAAUUUUUCAUGCAUGCAAUAUGAUGUAAGAAAUUUGUAAAUUAGAUAGUUCUGACAGUUCUGUUUUCUGUUUUCAGUUCUAUUUUAGUAGCAAUAAAUUUGUCAAAAAUAAAUCAAAACUAUCUUCUUUAUAGCUGUAAUUUUGAAUUUCAGUAAUAUAUGUCUAGGGGAUUGAAAUGUGAGAAAAGGGUCUCUAUAAUUUCAAAUUUUGGGUUAUUUUUUCGUCUGCUAUUUUUGACAGUCUGUUGUUCCUGACAGAAAACCAGAAAAUAGAUGUUGCAGUUUUUCCGAAUUCGGCGAUCUUUUUUUUUAUUUUUUUAGUUGCUGUUCUAAGUUGAAUAAAAUGCAAACACAUGUUCUUAAUCGUCCUACAACAUAAAUUAAUAAUGAAUACUUCACCUCCCAACUUAAAAAUGACAUUGUCCUCAAUGACACAGAAAAAUCGAAACAGAAUAUACAGAAAAUAUAAUUUUCAAGUGAAGCAUGCAUAUAUGCAAAGUUUAGCAUUUAAAAUGUUGUCAUAAAUGAUAAAGCUCCGAAAGACAUCACCUCAACCUCGUUUUUAAUUUUCCACUUCGUCUUACACGCCUCCUCCUGCACUUUUUCGAAAAAACAAAUACAGAAACAAGUACUGCAAAAUUCUAAGAAAAACAGAGCUUAAAAAAAAUCAAACAAAAUGAAAUAAAAACCAUGAGUUGCCUCCCAUGCAGCGCUGAAUUUAAUGUCUCCAGCUGGACUCCUUGAUCUUACUCUUGAAUUUCUUUUAAUAAUAAAAUUUCUUUUUCUGCAAGGCGUUCAUGUUCUAUGUAAUGUUUAAGCCGCUGUCCAUUUACCUUAAAGUUAUGAUCACUUUUAGGAUCUUUAAUCAUUACAGCCCCAUGAUCAUAUGUCUCUUCCACCACAUAAGGCCCUUUCCAUUUUGAUUUUAAUUUUCUUGGGAAUAAUUUCAGCCUAGAAUCAUAUAACCACACUUUUUGUCCAACAAAUUUUUUUCUGCUAAUGUAUUUAUCAUGAAAAGUUUUAGUUUUUUCUUUAUAUAUUCUAUGAUUUUCAUAAGCUUCAUUCCUCAACUCCUCUAGUUCAUGUAGCUGAAAAAUUCUAUGCCCACCAGCUGAUUUUUCAUCCAUACAUAAAUUUUUUAUAGCCCAUAAUGCUUUAUGCUCUAUUUCCACAAGAAGAUGACAUGGCUUUCCAAAAAUGAGACGAAAUGGGGACAUACCUAUGGGAUUUUUAUAAGCUGUUCUAUAAGCCCAUAAUGCAUCUUGUAAUUUCGUGGGCCAAUCUUUCCUAUCUGGUCUAACUAUUUUUCUCAAAAUUCUCUGAAUUUCCCUAUUUGCUACUUUAGCUUGCCCAUUUGUUUGGGGAUGAUAUGGAGUGGCUACUCUAUGGUGUACUCCAUUCUUUUUCAACAGUUCUCUAAAAUUUUUAUUUGUAAAAUGUGUUCCUCCAUCACUAAUAAUCACUCUAGGACAUCCAAAUCUCGAAAAAAUAUUUUCCUGCACAAAUUUCAUCACGAUUUUAUGAUCAUUAGUUCUAGUAGGAAUAGCUUCCACCCACUUCGACACAUAAUCAACAGCAAGCAAAAUAUAUUCAUAUUUUUCAGCUAAUAGGAAGGGACCCAUGAAAUCUAUUCUCCAUACAUCAAAAAUUUCGACUACUAACAUGUUACUCAUGGGCAUUUCAUCUUUCUUACUCAUGUUACCUAUAGAUUGGCAUGAAAUACAUGUUCUACUAAAUUCUAUAGAAUCUCUAAUGAUUGUAGGCCAAUAAAAACCACACUGAAAAUUUUUUGCAGCUGUUUUUCGUCCAGAGAAGUGUCCUCCACAGUUAGAUGAAUGGCACAUGUUAAUAAUGCUAUGGUAUUCUUCUUCAGGAACACAUCUCCUUAAAAUUUGAUCAUUGCCCAAGUAAUAUAAAUCAGGACCAUGCCAAAAAUAAUUUCUAAUCUUAGAAAAGAAAUGAUGUUUUCUAUUCUUAUCCCACUGUUCUGAAAUUUUUCCAGAAACCAGAAAAUUAACAAUAUAUGCAUACCAUGGUGAUGGUUGAUGUUGAGCUGCCAUCAAUUGUUCAUCUGGAAAUGCGUCUUGUAAAGGUGCUGCAUUUAUUCCUGUGUCACUUAAUCUAGAAAGAUGGUCAACAACAGCAUUCUCGAAACCUUUUUUAUCUUUUAUUUCUAAGUCAAAUUCCUGCAACAAUAAAAUCCAUCUUAAUAAACGUGGCUUUGCACCUUUCUUAUUUAAUAGAUAUUUUAAUGCUGCAUGAUCAGUAUAAAUAAUAAUUUUAGCUCCCAAAAUAUAUGAUCUAAACCUUUCUAACGAAAAUACUACACCUAACAACUCUUUUUCAGUCGUGGUAUAAUUUAAUUGAGCAUCGGAUAUAGUUUUACUAGCAUAUGAAAUUACUAUGGGUUUUGACUCUUUUGUUUGUCCUAGAACGGCCCCCACUGCAUAAUUCGAUGCAUCACACAUUAUUUCAAAGGGAAGGGACCAAUCAAGAGCUUGUAAAAUGGGUGCCUCAGUGAGUAAUCUUUUUAUUUCGGAAAAAGACUCAAAACAUUUCUCAUCAAAAUUAAAAGGCACAUCUUUAGAUAAUAACAUGGUGAGAGGUUUAGAAAUCUUCGAAAAAUCUUGAAUAAAUUUUUUGUAAUAACCUGCAUGACCCAAGAAAGAUCUAAUCUGUUUUACUGAAUUUGGAGGUUUCAUUUUAGAUAUAAUAUCAAUUUUUGCUCUAUCCACCUCUAAACCCCUUUUACUCACAAUAUGACCCAACACAACUCCCUCUUUAACCAUAAAAUGUGAUUUCUCCCAACUCAAAACUAAUUUUUUCUCUAUACAUUUUUCAAGUACAUGUUGUAAAUGAUUUAAGCAUUCAUCAAAUGAUUCACCAAAAAUAGAAAAAUCGUCCAUAAAAAUUUCCAUGCAUUUUCCAAUCAUAUCAGAAAAAAUAGACAGCAUACAUCUUUGAAAUGUGGCUGGAGCAUUACACAGACCAAAAGGCAUGCGUUUAAAAGCAAAAGUACCAAAUGGACAAGUGAAAGUUGUUUUUUCUUGAUCUAAAGGGUUUAUAUAAAUUUGAUUAUAACCAGAGUAUCCAUCCAGAAAACAAAAAAAGUUUUUUCCAACUAAGUUUUCUAGAAUUUGAUCAGUAAAUGGUAGGGGAAAAUGAUCUUUUCUAGUAACUGAAUUUAAUUUUCUAUAAUCAAUGCAAACCCUCCAAUCGGUAGUUAAUCUUGUUUGUAUUUCAUCCGCAUUUUCGUUUUUUAUAACCGUGAUCCCUGAUUUUUUUGGCACUACUUGUGUAGGACUAACCCAUUUGCUAUCUGAAAUAGGAUAAAUAAUAUCAGCAGCCAGCCACUUUAAAAUUUCUUUUUUUACAAUUUCCAUCAUGUUAGGAUUUAAUCUUCGUUGUGGUUCCUUGCUAGUUCUGGCCCCCUCCUCUAGAUAUAUACUAUGCAUGCAUACACUCAUAUCAAUGCCCCUUAGAUCGUCCAUUUUCCAGCCCAUAGCCUUCUUAUUUUUUCAAAGUACAUCUAAUAAUUCUUCUUCCUGUUCAUCACUCAAAUCAGCUGCAAUAAUAACAGGAAAUGAAUUAUUUUCCUCCAGAAACAUAUAUUUUAAACUAGAGGGAAGAGGUUUCAACUCUAAAUUCAGAUGAUCUUCCUCUUUCUUUUCUCCCAAAUUUAUAUUCUCUAUUUCCUCUAAUUCUUCCAGCACACAAUCAUCAAUAACAUCUGGAUCAUCAAAAUCAUCUAGAAGAUCUAUGGUAUGACAAUCAUAUACUUGUGAUUUCUUAAGAUCAUUUGGUACCUCAAAAAUUUUAAUUUCUACUGAUUGAUCUCCACAUGAAAUUUUCGCAAUACCUGUAGGAAAAUCAAUAUUCAUCUUUGCUAUAUGCAAAAAUGGUCUCCCUAGGAUGAUUAGCAUAUCAUAAAACUGUCCAUUAAAAUCCAUUUCCAGCACUACAAAAUCAGCUGGAAAUUUACACCCUUUAACUGUCACUAUCACAUUUUCUAAAAUACCUUUAGGAUGUUUUAUGGAUCUAUCAACAAAUUUUAAGGUAACAGUAGAAGGUUUAAGAUCAGAAAUAUUAAAUUUAUCACAAAUACUUGCAGGUAAUAAAUUAAUACUAGCACCGGUGUUAAGUAAUGCAUUCUGAAAAAUGAAUCCACCAAUAUCACACGAAAUUAAAGGGGCACCUGUAUCUCUCAAUUUAUAUGGUAAUUGAUUUAAUAAUAAUGCACUAGCAUGCACAGAUAAUUUUUCUACUCUAGGUGCCCUUUUUGGUGUACACAUUUCUUUCAAAACUCUAGCAUAUUCAGGAAUAUGUUUAGUGGCAGUGAGUAAAGGAAGACUAAUUUGCACAUCUUGUAAAAUUUUCUUUAUUUCUUCAUUGUGUUCCUUUUUCUUUCUUUGUCUAGGCUCGAGAGCUUUAGGAAAUGGAAUGGUGGUCCUCUCUUUCGAAAUUUCCUUGGUAGAAUCUAUAAAAUCCUCUUCUACUCCUAUUUGAUUUUGUUUUGGGUUGUCCAUGUUUUCUUUUUCUUCUAAUGUUUGGGGAUAAGGAUCAGGUAAGAUCUUACCACUCCUUAAUGCAUUCACUGUCCUAACAUUUUCAUUUCGUGGGUUUUUUCCUAGAUUCAUAUUACUAGACUCCCCUUGCUGAAAUCCUAUUGUUGGGCGGUUCCCUGGAUUUUCUAUGGGCUGACUAGGUAGCUGUCCCUCUUCUCUCUUAUUCCCAAGGGCCUCUAUAAUUUGUUUCUAGUGCUGCAUCAUUUGAUUCAUAGUUUGUUGCAUCAUUUGAUUCAUAGUUUGUUGCAUCAUUUGGCUCAUUUGCUGCAUCAUUUCCAUAGUAUCAGGUUGGGUUUGAGAGGGCUGAUUUUUCUGAAAUUUGUUUUCUUGUUUUGGACGAAAUUCAGAGUUUGAAUUGGGUCUAAGUGCUUCUGGAUUUUGAAUAUUAUUUGGGUCUCUCCAUGAAAAAUUAUUCCUCCAAUUAGGAUUAUAAGAAUUUGAAAAAGGUUCCCUGUUUCUAUUAAAACCGUGAGCUACUUGCACUUGUUCUUGCAUAGGGUGAAAUGAUUGAUCUAAAUUAUAACAUUGAAAUUCAGAAUAAUCAUUUUCACCAUACAUAGGACAUGUACUAUUCGAAUUAAGUUGAGGGUUAAAAGGCUUUCUAAUAUUGUCAAUAAGUAAAUCAAUUUUUUCUAAUCUUUGAUUAAUCUGAUUAACCUCAUUUCUAAGUUUAGAAUCAUCAUCAUGAUGUAAUUCAUAAAUUCCUCUCUUCUUAUCCCUGUCAUAUAAUUCAAAAGAGGCUUGAUCGCUAGAAUUUUCACUUAAAUUCUCAUAAAGACUGUAAAUCUCAUCAGGAGUUUUCUCCAUAAAAGCUCCUCCACAUAUAGAAUCAACCAUAUUUCUAUGUUGUUCUAAUAAUCCAUCAUAAAAAAUUCUAUUGAGCUGCCACUUGGGUAUAGCAUGAUGAGGACACUUUCUAAGUAAAUCUUUAAAUUUUUUCCAUGUCUCAUGCAAAGUUUCUCCUGGUCUUUGAGAAAAACUCCAUAGAUGUUUUCUCAUAUUUUGAGUUUUUCCUAAGGGAUAAAAUUUUCGAAGAAAGGCCUGUUCUAUAUCUUUUCAGCUAGUUAAUUCUCUAUCUAAUGUGGAUAGCCAAUGACUAGCUUUGUCCCUAAGUGUAUGAGGGAAUAAUUUCAUCUUAAUAAUUUCCGUUGUAACUUGAGGGAGAUUAACUAAAUCACAGACCAUAUGAAAUUUUUCUAAGUGCUGAUGAGGUUCCUCUAAAGGCAAUCCAUGAAAAUUAGGGAGCAUUUGAAAAAUUCCUGGAUUUAUUUCGAAUUUAACAGUGGGUGCUAAUGGGACUCUAAUAUUGGAUGCUCUUUGAAAUGAAUCAGGGAUAUAAUGAUUUUUCAUGGCCAUAGGAUUGUUCUUAGUUUGACCUGUACUUCCUUUAGGAUCCAUCAAAAUUAAUUUUUCUUUCGGAUUUUUAUUUUUCAAUGAAAUAAUGAAAGGAUUUUCUAGCCUUCGAUGCAAGGAUCUUCUACCAUGCAUAAAAAUCAAUAAAUUCGAGGGAAAAAGUUAGUAACUGUUACCUUCCUUCAGGAUGCUCCAGUCCUUGCCGUGCUUCUUUUGGUUCCCUUUUUCAAAUAAAAAUUGGCAAAAAGAAAAUAAAACAAGAGUUAAGUUUUUUUUUUGUGUACUCUAAGAGAAAAACAGAAAAAUACUAAAUAUUAUGCAAUACAUCCCCGGCAACGGCGCCAAAAUUUGACGUGACUCAUGCGUUGUAUAUUAAAUCACGCAAAUAUAAAAUUUAUAAAACUAGAAAAUAUGAAUUUUUGGAUAUUUAGAAGUAUUUCUGAAUAAAUAUAUCAAUUAUAAUUCAAUAAAACUUUCAAAAAUAACGGUAAUUUUUCAGGUCGAUCACAGGGAUGUAAUAUAAUAUCUGGUAAUUAUUCAGAUUUUUUCUCAAAGACCACUAUUUUCUAUGAAUUUUAUACUAGGAAAAUCAAAAGGAAAUAUAUUUAAAAUUCACAAAAAAGGGAAAUAAGGGUGCAUACGUUAGGAUGACGUCAUCGCCUGGCAAACGCGAAUCGGGUGGAAAUAAAGUUCCACCCGAUGAUUCUUACGUAAGCGAUUACAGACGAUUUAAUUAAUCAAAUUAAGAUCUGUAAAAGCCGAAAGAAUCGUAAUUGAACAAAGUAUCUUUUGGUUUUGGUAAAUUAAAAUCACAAAAAUUAUCACUAAAUGAAGCAUAAAGUAAGUUGAAAGCAAGAAAACAAAGUUCCGGCGUUGCGAUGGCGAUGCGUCGGCGAUGCACUGGAAUCCUAAGCGUUCGGGAGGAUCGUCGUGUAGUGUCCACGGCCUUGAAGGCUCUCCUUGGACAAGGACGACGUGGGCAAUCUCUAGAUCUCCUUGUGAAGUCUAGAAAUCAAUAAAAUGGGUCGUCGAAUCGUCUUCGACGACUAUCACUCGGCGGAGCGAAAAAACGGCGACUUUGUGGCUCUCCGGCGGCUGUCACCCGACGGAAAGGAGUUGGAUGGAGGUGGGGUGGGUGUCAGGGAGCUUCAUCCUCAGGUCCGCGCAACAAGAGGAGGCUCUUCAUCGCAUCUAGUAUGCUCUCAAGAGGUGGCGACUCGUCUCCCAGCAGAUCGUUCUCUUCUCGACGACGGCUUGUUCGUCGAUCAAUCGGAGAUGA